AUGUUUCUUCCGUCACCCGGCUGGCUGUUUUCCCACAUCUUACUUAUUUCCGAGUUGCGGACCUCGAACCUCAAAAACAGAUCCCCCCUAGUCACCAUCCGCCGCCUCGUCCGCGCGACUCAGAGUGUCUCUCGACGCCCCAACGUGGCGGUUCCCGUUGUCGCGCGUUUUUUCGCCGCGCUUUGUCCCUUUCGCUGCCACGCCCACGCAUUUCUUCCACAGUCUCUCUUUGCUGCUCUCUGGUCUCCAGUGAAAAUCGAGUACGCGCGCGGAAGCGAAGUCCGGCUGUCUCGGAAGAGUCUACCCUCCGACCCGAUCGUUCUCCCGUCCCUUCAGCGCGACGCUCGCUCAGCUCUCUUAGAUUCCACUGCAGCCAACUUCGGCUCUUCGCUCUUUCUUCACAAGGUCCCCGCGGAACUCAGUUCCUCACCGACUCGCUUGCUCCACGCUUUGAAUUCGCGGCUCCCACAGCUCGUUCCCGCCUCUCCGGGGACCGUCUCGAUCCAGGCUCUGGCGCGUAUCGGCCCCGCCCCACCUGCUGACUCGGCCGCCGCUGCUUCCGACUUUCCCUCCCCGUGCCCCGAUGGGAGUUUUAGUUUUGUUCUUCAACUGGCGAAUCGAGAGGCGCGGGACGCUGUGGCGCGAAGCCUCAUCCUUCUGUCUUCGACCGCCCUCCUUCGCCCGUCUCCAGGACGCUACUCCACUUGUGCACCCCCGACCCGCGCCGCUGGUCCGCCUUCUCGCCCACUAGCGAGUUCUUCUCUCUCUGCUUCUUCAGGCUCUUCUGCUGGUGCGUGUCCGGCGGCAUCCGCCACGCUUCGCCUUCCUCGCUGUGAGGCAGACGGCGACGCGCCGCCUCCUCUCGCCGUGCUCUCUCUCGUCCCUGCCUUGACUGAGGAAGAGGAGAUUCUUUAUCUGGGUCAGCAGUUCCACUGCACGAGCUGCGUUGCGAUCCUCGAGCGUACCGAUCACCGAACGCAUUUGUACGGCCUCGAGGGCGAAGCCGCUUGCAGACAGACGGUUGCCACGUUCGAAGCCUACGCGAGACGCGCCUUUCUGAACCACCGGGAGAAGGUUGCAAAGAAAACCAGGCUGCCACUCCCCGACGUCUCCGAGGGGAUACGUUUUCGCUUUUUCUUUCCCCCCAGAAGGCGCGUCGUCUGGAGACUCUUCGGUGUCCUCGAGAGUUAUUUCGUGGCCGAGUGCCUCCGCCUGGAGCUGGCAGCUGCGCGACGCCCCUGGACACCUGAGCAGCUUGCCGUCGGCGCCUCGCUCGAACAAAGAAUGGCUCGGCCUUCUCCCUCUCCUUCUCCCUCUCCUUCUCCCUCGUCUUCUCCCUCGUCUUCCCCCGCUUCGUCUCGCUCUGCUCAAUCUUCUCCGGUGUCUCUUCCCCGUGCGGAUCCUGGGCUUGCGUCGAAGCUCGGCCCCUCGUCUUCUGCGUGCCCGCCUUUCUGGCUGAAAAUCGUGCUCGGCGGUUGGAGAGAAAGCGGCCUCGCGCCUCCGCCUCACGCCUGGUACAAAUGGGUCACCCUCGACGCGGAAGUUCUGUUGGUUCGUCACUCGCGAGAAACAGGCAGCUUCUUGAUGGCUGAGGAGGAGGACGGAGGAAGACUCGACGAAGGAACGCAGGAGCGAGAAGAGGAAGAAAGGACGGCUGCAAACAGCAGCGCGCCGACGCCCUCCCUCGCUGAAGACCUUGAGGAUUUGGUCGAGGAGGCGCUGGGCCCGCAGAUUCGCUCGGAGCUCCUCGACGUCUCUUUGAGUGGCUCAGCGGUUCGCCUCACCUUCCGAUCUGCACACUGCGUCGACAGCAUUCUGCGCAGCAGCUCUCGCCUCGAGGGAUUCUUAAAAAGAGCGGAUAGAAAAGCGACUUUCUUUCUCUAUCGCUGCCCCUUUACCACCUACUUGGGACCCGCCAGAAAGCCUGUGGAUAAUCCCGAGAACGCCGCGCAUGCAAAAGUCGCAGAAGGAACUCGAAGAAGCGGAGACAUGCGCACGGCAAUCAAGCAAGACCUCCUUCGUCAAGCGUCGGGUUCUUUUUCAGCUGUAUCUUCUCCCUGCCUCGGCGGGCGGAAUUCGCUGACGGAUUUGGCCUCGCCUGGUCGAGGUGCUGAAGGACAGGGUUUCGAUCCGGGGUUCGACAGCUUUUUUUCGGAGGGGGAGGACGAGGAUUCCAGCGACACGCGCUACCCCUCGGCUUUGCUGGACCAGGCACUCAGCGAGGCAGCAGACCCCCACGACCAGGAACUGUCUCGUGUUCGAGAUCUCUUCCACGAUUUGGAAAGACGGUGUCUCCCUUCGUGGCACGCCACAUCUCGCCAGAGUGUCUCCUCGGUGCCAGCGCUUCGCGCCUUCCUCGAGAAGAGCCUAGGGUACCCACCCGCGCUUCUCCCCACCACACUUGUCUUCUCGAACGGCGCCUUGAGAGAGCGCGUCCUGGACCUCGACUUGCUCCGCAACCUGCCUGAGUCGCUCGCGCGCUUCCGCCGUCUCGUGGCCAAGCUCAAGUGUGCGUGGGACGCAGAACUGAAACAAAUCAUGGUUGCCUUCGGAGUGGAAUCCGAGGCCGAACUCCUCACGGGCUUCGUCAGCAGCCGCGCCAGCGCUGAGAAAGGACUCGCCAGCCGCCUCGCGCAGGAGCCUGCCAAAAUGGAACGGCGCGUGCAAGAGCUUCGGCAGCGCAUGUAUCGCGUGCGUUUUUACGACUCGGAGACGGGCACGGACUACGCGACAGUCGGCAGCCAGAAUGAUCGCUACGAGAUCGCGUCGGCAGCGUACUACUUCACUCACGUGCAAACGCCAGAAGUAGCGGUUUUUUGGGACCCGAUUGGGGGCGCAAGCAAGCUGUACGCGGCGCACCGCGCAGCAAACACACUUGGGCACUCCGAACGCACGAAAAGCCGCAUUUUGCGACGAGAGCCUGAAGGUGUCGACACGGCCCAGCUCGCAGAAGUAGAGUGUGUGAACACUUCUUCACAGUCUCCAUGCGGCAGCCUGUCGCAUCACAAAAAGGGGGUUCUUUCUGACGAAACGCUGGUUGCGUCCUCACAGCGUAGUCUUCUUGGCAGUGACGCGAUGGCGGAGGGGGACGACAGCUCGUGUUCGGGGAUCUCCGGAACCCGCCUCGGGGGUUCAGAACGCGAGCAGGGCAGCGAGACUUCAGCGCAGAUGAAACCGCAAGAAAUAACGCGUUUCUUCCCGGCGUCUACGGCAGCCAGUGUGGGCUGCGCAGUUCGCAAGGACGCAAGCAACGCCUUUAAGGCAAAGGGGGAAUCUGUAGUCUCUCACUGGACUGCUUCGACACCCGACACGGUACAGAACCGAAAGGAGGAAACGCGAGACGCAGGCAGCUGUGACUCCUCUUCCAGCGUAGAAUUCUCGAGAGUCUCUCGUCCACGCAUGCCGGCGGCCCGAUGCUCCGCUGGGGACAUAUCCACUCGCGCGUCUAGUGCAAGUGUUUCCGGUCGUCGAGCAGCCGCCGUAACCGUGACUACGGCAACGGGCGACGCGGAACGGAACCACUGGGGAAAUGAAGAAGAGGGAGAUAAGAGGGAAAUUGAAGAAGGGUGGAGAGGAGGGCGACUGGUGGACACCGAGGCAGAACCAACAGCCGAUUGCGAGCUAGAUGUGUACUUGAAUCAGACACUCCUUUCCUUUGCUUGGUGCAUCUACUGCCAGGAGCUCGGAGACAUGAAAAUGGAGUGUCAAAGUGCCCGACAGCAAGCCAAAAGACUGGCGAGGAGAAAGCUCCACGAACUCAAAGAGUGA